AUGAAGCCAGCGCUCCGUAGUAGUCAAGCAAGUCCUUCAUCGUCAAGAAAGACUGCCUCGGUGUCUUUCAUGCCCAGGUCGCAAAGGAACAGGGUGGACACCGAUUCGUCAGACGAAGAAGCUGUUGAUGAGGCCCCGGACAACCGUGGAGACGACAGUGAUGACGAUGACGAAAUUCUACCCAUCCCUAGUCUAGCUCCACCGCCCACAUCGUCCCAGUCUGUCUCGAGCCGUCUGAAGCGUGCGGUCAUAUCAGAUGAUGAAGAUGACGAAGAUGAUCUGCCGGUCGUACCAAGCUCCUCAAGAAGAAGACGCGCUGAGGUGAUCGAGCUAGACUCCAAUUCCGAAUCUGACGUCUCACCGGCGAAAAAGAGGAAGACUGUGCAUGGGUCCAUACUUUCUUCGAGCCCAGAGAUGAAUAGACCGUCCACUCAAACUCCGGCACGAAGAUUGAUGCGCAAGGGCCAGCCGUCUUCGUCUCCAACCAAGCGCCACAGGGGUCAUCGCACUGAGAAGCAGAAGAACAUGGAACUCCUCAGGCGGCGUCGUGCCGGAGAGAAGAUUGGCCAGCUAACAUCAUCGGAAUCCGAAUCUGGGGACGAUAAGAAGGGCCUUUACGACACCGAUAGUGACGACGCGUUGCAGGUUCUCGAAGAAUUUCCUGAUGACGAAGACGAUGAGGAGGAGCAAGACGGUGCCCUUCAGGAAGACGAUGUCGAGGUGGAUGAGGACGAGCCUACAUCUGCACGCAAAUCCAAGAGCGCCAAGAACUUUGUAAAGCAGGAAAGAAUCGAGAGAGGCGGCGACAGUAACAGCGAAGACGACGGCCUCGACGACUUUGUGGUGGAGGACGACGAUGGCCCGAUUGGUGCCCCCGCCAACCUCGACAUUCCUAUCGAGUUUACUGCACAGGCGCGCCUGCCCCUAAAGGAGCAGUUCCCAUUCGUCGUCGAGUGGCUGAUCCACAACAAGAUCAACCCAGCUUUCGACCGGAAGGACGACACCUACACGCACGCGUGGCGCAAGCUGGACGACGAGGUCCGGGGCCUAGCUUCUUCCAAGUUCGUAUCGUCGGUCUGGAAGGUCGAGUUCUACCGCACGCUGAAGGCGCGGCCCAAGCUCGAGGCGUUCGAUGUGGGCAAGAUCGACUCGGAUCUCUACGGCACCUGCGAGGCCUGCGGAAGGAGCGGCCAUCCCGCGACCUGGAAGAUCAUGAUGCAGGGCCGGCCCUAUCACAAGGACACGCUGGACGAGGUGGAAUCCGACUCCGAAGACUCCGACGAAUCCGACGCUUCGGGACGGGUAUCCAUCGACACGCAGGGCAACUCGCUGCCGCCGCAGACCAGGGAGUGGUCCGUCGGCUCCACGUGCAGCAGCAACGCCGAGACGGCGCACAGCCUGAUGCACUGGAAGUACGCCCUCAAGGAGUGGGUCGAGGACCGCCUCGAGAUGGACGGUCACAUGAAGGCCGCCAAGCUCAAGGAGCGCGAGAAGAUGAAGCCCAAGAAGAGGCGCCAGGCUGCCAACGACAUCGUGGACAAGUGGCAGGAGGCCGGGGUGGUGGCCUCGCUAUUCAAUGACUUCAAAUCCGUGUUGCAGGGCGCCCGCGACAAGAGCACGAGCGGACGUGGACGGCGGUGGAAAUAA